AUGACAAUGUUCAACAAUUGCUACACGUACAAUCCACCCGAAUAUGGGGUGUAUACGAUGGCAAAAACGCUCGAGAAAAUCAUACUGGAUAAGCUUGCUGCAAUGCCACCUGAAGAUUUUGAAAUCAUAUUUGCAAAUUGUUACAAAUUUAAUCAGAACGAAGAUGACGUAUCAUUAAUGUGCAAGAAUAUCGAAAAUCUUUAUCGGGAAAAAAUUAAGGGGAUGCCAGUGGAGGAAGUGGAUAUGGAUAUGCCAGCACCGAAGAAAAUAAGUGGGAAAAUAGCAAAGAAAAGUUCAAAUCGAUCAGUCUUGCAAUACACACCAAGCAGUGAAUCGUCAAAUUCAAUUCAGCAAGGUAUGGCUGAUAGUUCAUCUCAUAUGGAUUUAGGCACCGACCAUCCUCCAAUGCUUCCAGUUGCAGCUGUGGUUGAGGAUGUUCAACCUACAUCGUCUCUUCCUACAGCAGUUCACCCUUUACCAUCAAAAGUACAAAAAGGCGUAAAGAGGAAAGCGGAUACCACUACCUUGUUUGGAGAAGAAGCAGCAGCGAAGAUUCCCACCCGUAGGGAAUCUGGUCGGCCACCAAAGAAGCCGAAUUAUUUAUUGGAUAAUCAGCCGAAUCAGCUUAAGCCACGCUUUAAAGGAAAGCCAACUGAACAACUGAAAUAUUGCCAACGUAUCCUUAAUGAACUUUUUUCUAAAAAUGUAAGGCGUUCGCUUGGCCGUUUCUGGCUCCAGAAGAAACUGGAAGCUAAACAAUAUGCUUCUCCCGAAGAAUUGCGAAGGGAUUUUCUUUUAGUUUGUGAUAAUUGUUUCAAAUAUAAUCCACCAUCUGACAUCAUUCAUCAACAUGGCCAGGCACUUCUGUUUAUUUUGAAGUUUUUCGAAGAAAAGUGGAGCAAAUUGCCUGAUGAGCCAGUACGAAUGGAAGCAGAUAUAGGCACACCAGGGCCUAGUGCAACACCUACUUCACUUGGUACACCAUUGUCAGCAAGCAUCUUAUGUGGUUCCGUUAAAGAGGAACUUUUGCCAAUAUUAUCGACCGAUGUUUGUUCAGGUGUUGUGGAUAAUGAUGACCAUAUUGAUCUCAUAUUAAUGGCUUUGCAAACUGAACAAACCAAAUAUCAAGAAAAAAUUGCCGAACUCCAACGCCAUACUCAGGAAAUUUUUGCCUUAAGAUUGAAGAGAAGAGAAGCAAGAGCAAGUAAAAUGCCAGUACCUGUCCUUUCUGCUGCCACCGUAAAUGCUUUGCAAGCGCUCGUGUCAACGAGGCUAGAUUUCAUAAAUUCAACCCAGAAUGUGCCAGCUGUGAUUUCACCUGGAUCUAUAUCCCAUUCAUCAGUAUCAGGUGCAUUAAGGAAGAAACCUGGUCGACCAGCGCGUAAUUAUACUCCAACACAGCCCAUGCCUGUUACUCAUGCAAAUCACUCUGUGGUAUCUGAAGCGUCAGUUCUUAUGAAAAAUGAGCCAAAUAUUCCUCAAAAUGUUACUUCACCAGCAGUACAGCAAAAAACAGCUCAUUCAAGAUUGGCGGAUGCAACUGUUCCGGUGCCAGCCAUGGGAAGAGGAAACUUACAAUCAAAUGCUUCAUUAUCGACGACAGGUGUGGCUCAAAAUUCAACAACAUCUCUUGAUCAGCCACCAAUGAGGAGACGCGGAAGACAGCCGGGCUCGAAGAAUAAGCCGAAGGUACCGCAGUCAGCCGCUCUGCAAAUGGAUAUGCAACAUCCAUCUCAAUCGCGGAGGAUACAACAAGAUUAUGAUUUUGAUUCAGAGGAUGAAAGAAGUGCAGAACCAAUGAGUUACGAUGAAAAGCGACAGCUUUCACUCGAUAUUAAUAAAUUACCUGGUGACAAAUUGAGUAGUGUGGUGAGCAUAAUCGAAGCUCGCGAAAAGUUACGUGAUUUCAAUCCUGAAGAAAUUGAAAUUGAUUUUGAAACAUUAAAGCCAACUACACUUCGCGAAUUGGAAGCAUUCGUAGCUGCUUGCUUAAAAAAGAAACCGCGCAAGCCAUAUACUCCGAAAUCGCAAAAAGAUGUAGAUAAUAAGAAACGCGAAUUGGAAGAAAAAAUCAAAGGUCUUGGUGGUGUUGUCAGUACAGAUUCUCCUACCGCUGUUAAUGGUGGUCGAGCAAAACCUGCAAAUAGCGGCGGGGCUGGAAGCUCAUCGGAUUCAACUUCGAGUGACGAUAGCUCAUCUGAUUCUACUUCCUCAGAUUCAUCGGACAGUGAGUCAGUUGAUUAA